CUAUGUGUUACACUAGUAUAAAGUAUCUAUGUUUCUUGGAAAGCAUCCACACUGUAUACUUGGGAGGCAAUUGGAAUGUUCGGGAUAUUGUGCGACAAGAGGCCCCUCCGUUCGGCCUCCACAUCCUCCAUCCUCCACUCGACUAUAUAAAAGCCAACCGCCACUGAUGGAUCGCUUUAGUUUUUCGUUCUUGCCUGCGAUCUCGUCAGCUAAAAAAAUUCUUUUUUCAUAUUCAUUGAUUUUUUUUCUGCACCUAUAAUAUCGUACGAUGAAGGGAUAUUUUCUGGUUUUAUUGGUCUCACUGGUGACUUCGGCCAUCGCAAACGAAAAGUAUACCAGAAAAUACGACGAUGUAAACGUGGACAAGAUCCUCCAAAAUAAUCGUGUUCUCACCAAUUACAUUCGGUGCCUAAUGGACGAGGGACCUUGCACCGCUGAAGGUCGCGAGCUGAGAAAAACUCUGCCGGAUGCUUUAUCGAGCAAUUGCAGUAAAUGCAACGAUAAACAAAAAGUUAUGGCGGAGAAGGUGAUAAAUCAUCUUAAAGCAAAACGAUCCAGAGAUUGGGAUCUUCUUGUUGCUAAAUACGAUCCGCAUGGCGAGUACAAAAAACGCUACGAGAAAUCGUAAAUUCUUAAAAAUAUUUUAAUGUAAUUGCUAUUUUUGUAUGAGAAUAAAAAAAAUUAAUGUAAGAUAUAAUUUGUCCAAAUA